AGCGGAGGGGUGUAUGUUGCGCUUUGCCAUUGUCUUUUGUUGUGGAUGUGGCGGAGUGGAGGCAUGGUCAAGGGACAGGUGAACGGGCUGGCCAGUCCAGCAGAUUGGCGUGUGGGGUGUGGAAGGAUACUUGUGACGCUGGAGUGGAUUGGAGGGCGUGUUGUGCAUCUGUGCCGCUACUAUCCGGGUUUGCUGGAAGCGGUAGAUGGUUGGAUACGUGAUGGGGUGUUUAUGCUGUGGGGACGCUGUGUUUGGGAUCUUCUCUCCGGGACAUCUGUGUCGUCAAUACUGAGAGUCAUUAUUACUGUCAGGUUGAAUCUUUGCCCAAUAAACGGACUGAUGCAACAGCGCUUUUGAUGCCCUGGAGAAACAAUUCAACAGUAAGACAUGGACGCGCUCAAGUUGGAGCGAGGGGUGGCCAAGGGUCGCUUCACCAGGAAGUGCAACAUACUACAAGAAAGGUUGGAUGAAAAGGAUGCGCCAGCUGUGCUGAAAGGAUUGUUCACUGAGGUGGAAGAUGCAUUCAAGGUGCUUGAGGUAAAACAUGAGAGUCUUUAUUCUGAAUUACUUGGAGGCAAGCAAGAUCCCUCAUCCUUAAGUGAGGCAGAGGACUAUAUCUUGGGUUGUGAAAGAAAAAAAACCACAUUAUACUCAAAGGUUACUAAAGCGUGUGCAGAUGAGAAGGACAAAUUUGAGACUGCUAUAAAAGUUAAACGACUAGAUCCACCCCUGUUUUCUGGUGAUAUAAGGAAUUACGGCACUUUCAAAAAAGACUAUAUGAGAUUAAUCGUCCCGGCGUAUGGGAGGGACUCUUACGCUUUAAAGAAAUGCCUUUCAGGUGAGGCGUUGAAAUGUGUGGAAGGUGUAGAGGAUGACUUUGAAGAAAUGUUCCUUCGCCUUGAUGACAAAUAUGGUAACUCUUGUAAAUUAACGGAAUGUAUUGUGAGUGAGCUAAAGGGCUUGAAACCUGUGCAAGAUGGGGACUCGAAACGAUUAGUCCACUUGGCGAAGGUAGUGGAACGUGCUUGGUUGGACAUGAAGAAAAUAGGAUUGGAGUCUGAAAUGAAAACUACAUCUAUGGUUACGUUGGUCGAACGCCUGCUUCCUAACACUUUGAAACGGGCUUGGGUACUAAAAGCCCAAUCUGUUGCUAACCAUAAUGAUUUAUUUGAAAGUCUGUUGGCAUUCUUACUUGCUGAAAGGAAGGUAUGUGAGUAUCUGGAGUGUGAUUUGAGAAGUGUUCCCACAAAAUUGGCCACUCAUAAUGUGAUUUGUAGAGAUUCAGAAAAGGAAGAUGUUACUGAUACACUACACGAGAUAAAGGUAGUGCAAGAUCAACAAAAUGCUAUGAUUACUGAAUGUCUUAACACUGUCUCAAAAUUAGUGUCAGAGUUUUCUGUGGAUUCUAAGAAUCAAAACUGUAAGAUGUGUUGGUACCAUGGCUCACAAGGUCACACCUUUCAUGAUUGUUAUGCUUUUCAAAAUUUGAGUAAUCCAGACAAAUUUGCUUGCCUCAAGAAUAAUAGAGUCUGUUUUAGGUGUGCAACCCCUGGUCACUUGGCAAGGUACUGUAAGUUUGCAAGCACUACUUGUGAUGUGAUUGUCAAUGGUCGGAAGUGUGGGAUGGAUCAUCAUAAAGCCUUGCAUUACGUUCUUUCUCGUACACCUGACUCUGCUAAAAAGACCAGUUCUACUACUGUGACUAGUAAUUUAGCGUCUAGGGAUGGUUAUCUACUGAUGGUAAGCCGUUUGGAGUGUAAAGGGAGUCCCGUCAAUGUCCUGUGGGAUAGCGGUAGCAAUGUAUCCUUAAUAACACACUGU